AUGGCAUUUCGAGGCUAUCCAGACUUAGGCCUCCUAGUUUUUCUUGCCUUAUUGACUAAUGUCAUUGCUGUUUCAUCAAGUCAUGACACUUCAUUCAGCCGGACCAGUUUUCCCAGAGGUUUUAUUUUUGGGACAGCGUCAGCGUCUUAUCAGUAUGAAGGUGCAGCAAAAGAAGAUGGUAGAGGACCAAGUAUAUGGGACACCUACACUCAUGAACAUCCAGAAAGGAUAACAGAUAGAAGCACUGGAGAUGUAGCUAACAAUCAAUAUCAUCGCUACAAGAAAGAUGUUCGGAUUAUGAAAAAGAUGCAUUUAGAUGCAUACAGAUUCUCAAUCUCAUGGUCUCGAGUAUUGCCAAAAGGAAAACUUAGUUGUGGUGUUAAUAGGAAAGGAAUCAAUUACUACAACAAGCUCAUCAAUAGGCUUCUACGCAAAGGUAUACAGCCUUUUGUAACAAUCUUCCAUUGGGAUCUUCCCCAAGCUUUAGAAGAUGAGUAUGGUGGUUUCCUAAGUCCACACAUUGUUGAUGAUUUCCGGGACUAUUCGGAACUUCUCUUCAAGGAAUUUGGUGAUCGGGUAAAGCAUUGGAUCACACUAAAUGAGCCGUGGACUUUCAGCAACAAUGGUUAUGCAGGAGGAUUAUUAUUUGCACCAGGUCGAUGCUCUGCCUGGCAAAAUCUAAAUUGCACUGGUGGGAAUUCAGGAACAGAGCCAUAUUUGGUGACACACAACCAACUGCUUGCUCAUGCAGCUGCUGUUGAAGUGUACAGGAAAAAAUAUCAGGCAACACAGAAAGGUGCAAUCGGGAUAACGUUACCGAGUCACUGGAUAAAGCCACUGUAUCAUACAAAGAGAGACCACGGGGCCGCACUACGUUCCCUUGAUUUCAUGCUUGGAUGGUGUAUGGACCCAUUGACAAAUGGUUACUAUCCGCAUAGCAUGCGAUUUCUCGUUGAAGACCGAUUACCCAAGUUCACCAAAGAGCAAUCCAGGCUGGUAAAAGGGUCAUUUGAUUUUAUAGGAUUAAACUACUAUACUACUUAUUAUGCAACUUAUGCCCCUCAGCCUAUUGGUGAUAGAGCAAGUUACACGACUGAUUCUGCUGCUAAUCUUACUGCUUCACGGAAUGGGAUCCUCAUUGGUCCAGCGACGGCUUCAAGUUGGCUCUAUAUUUAUCCUAAAGGAAUUCGAGAGAUUUUGCUCUAUAUAAAGAGGAAGUACCACAAUCCACUAAUUUACAUCACCGAGAAUGGAGUGAGUGAAUUCAAUAAUUCUACUUUGUCGCUUAAAGAAGCCCUUGCUGACCAACAAAGACUUGAGUAUCACCGUGACCAUCUUUGGUAUCUUCUUAGGGCUAUCAAGGAAGGUGCGAAUGUUAAGGGAUAUUUUGCUUGGUCAUUGUUGGAUAAUUUUGAGUGGUCCUCUGGUUACACUAUUCGAUUUGGAAUGAACUUUGUAGAUUAUAAAAAUGGGAAUCGAAGAUACCUUAAACAUUCAGCCCGUUGGUACAAGAAAUUCCUCAAGAAGAAGAUAUGGACUAUGUAUUUCGACCCAUUAAUAAAUGGUGACUAUCUGCAAAACAUGAGAUCUCUCGUUAAAGAUCGAUUACCCAAGUUCACCAAAGAGCAAUCCAAACAGGUACCUAUUGAAGCGACUUGGAGCCUACAACUCACUAAUGAUUUCAUAACAUCAUCAGUUGGCGCUGUCUGUGGGAAACGAGUGAUAAGCUAUAUCACCGUUUCAAAGACAAAGAGUUGUAUGGUCCUGACACAAUCAAUGGCCACUACCAACCAAGAGACCGGGAACCCGCCAAACAUAUUGGAGAGGCAGAUAAGGGAUGAUGUAGCGCUGACAUGGCCAGACAAGCUGAAGGGUGAUCCAAGCAAAAGGCCCCGAAACAACUAUUGUCACUUCCAUCGAGACCAUGGGCAUAACACCUCUGAGUGCUACGACCUUAAGCAGCAGAUCGAAAACCUACCAAGGGACCCCGAGCCCAACCGACGGUCUGAAGAAAGGCCCAAAGCCUUGCUCGGAGAAAUAAGAAUAAUUGUAGAAGGAAACACUAUAGGAGGAUCAUCUAAAAAGGCAAGGAAGACAUAUCUACAUUUCAAUACUCGAAAAAUUCUAGUAGAUAACGGGAGUUCAGCAGAUAUCCUCUACUACCCAGCAUUCCAGCAGAUGAGGAUUGACAGAGAAUGCCUUCUACCAUCAGAUACACCAUUAGUAGGUUUCGGUGGCACCAAGAUCUUCCCUAUAAGGACCAUCACCUUGCCAGUAACCAUUGGGACAUACCCUCAGAAAGUCACUAGGGAGGGGGCAUUUGAAGAACUGAAGGCAUACCUCGCAUCCCCACCAUUGCUCAAUCUGUCUAAGCCUGGUGAAGAGCUUGCCCUCUACUUAGCUGUAUCCCCAACGACCGUUAGUUCUGCUAUCAAAGCACAGGCUUUAGUUGAUUUCAUUGCCGAAUUCACGACAGGGAAAGAUAAAGAGGAGAAAUCAAUGGCAUGGAUGAUAUGGACAAACAGUUCAUCUAACCAACGGGCUGAAGGAGCUAGGGUCAUGCUACGAUCACCAAAGGAAGAUACAAUAGAAUGUAUGGUCCGCCUCCAGUUUUCAAUGACCAACAAUGAGGCCAAAUACGAAGCAGUCCUCUUAGGCCUUGACUUAGCUAAAGUAGCGGGAGCUGAAGCAGCUAUCAUACACUAUGAUUCACAAGUUAUGGUUGGAUACAUUAAUGGCGAUUAUAAGGCAAAAAGGGAACAGAUGAAAGAAUUGAGCAUGGUCAAAAGCAAGAUGAGCGAGAAAUUCUCAGUUAAGUUCAUACAAAUCCCAAGGGAAGAGAACGAACAGGUAGACCAUUUGGCCAAAGCAGAAUUCGUUGAGUAUAUGGAUAUCACUAGUUAG